AUGGAGGUGAUUAGACAAAAAAUAGGACUAGAACUGUACCCCAUCGAGGCUACAAUCCCGCAAAAAACCUCAAUAAUGGAAUUUGAUUUGAAAAGCACACUGAAUAAUAUCAACAUCUCGACCCCGCAAAGUGCCAAAUCACUCGUAAAUAUAUUCGUUACCGAUAAUUCUACCGAGGAAUGUCAUCAAAAAAACAUGAUCAAAUCAGGGAAUUCUUCAUAUGUGCCGCUCGAGUUUUUGAAUUCCUCUGCUGCUUUAAAGAAAGGCUUAUUUGAUCAAGAAAAUCAGCAGCAAAUGUUUAGUGAGUUAUCAAUGUUACAGCAGAUUUCAUUCAAUAAAUUUGAACACCAAAGUUACAUUUUAAUUCCAAUUCAAGCCGAUGUGGCAUCUGGGAUGCAACUAAAUUCGUACGAUGUAUUUCCGGCAAUAUUCGAACACAGCAACAAUGAAUACAUCUUACCAGCAUUUUUCUACCCGCAGUAA